AUGGUCGGAUCUAAAGUUCCUCCCUCUUGGUCUAUAGCAUAUCUUUUCGUCAAAUGGAACCGGAUAUCGUCAAUUAAUUCGAUAGUGUCAAACUCCUGUCUGGCACUGAUCCGGCUCGAAGACUCCAAAAUAACCUCUUUAAACUCUGGAUCCUUGAUGAAAGAUUCGAUCUGGUUGGCAAUGAUGUGUGCCACGCGAUCUUCCAGACGGUGCACUUUGAAUUCCCACGCAGCACGCAGAAUGUCGUACACCGAGAUGUUGACCGUGGAAAAAUCGUCGAUCGACGAUAGACUAAUGGCAGCCAUGGUUUUCAGCCGGUCCAAGAACAGCGAGUCGGCAAUGACAAGCGUGUCCAUGGCACUUUCCGGAGGAAUCGACGCCUCGUCGAAGUACAAGUACUGGAGCAGGAUCUCUGUUGUUUCUUGCGAAACCUCUAAAGUGUCUGACGACGGCAGAGAUAUGACGGGUAUUAAUUCUGGCUCCAUGUACAGUUUUUCAAGGUCAACGACACCGUCCUGCUCGAGAUCCUCGAAGAUCGCCGUGUCGUGGAACCCAGAAACAAAUAAUGUGAGGUAG